UAUAUAUACUAAACCUUUAUAAUUAAAGGUUCUUUCUAUAGAAAUAUGAGAAACAGAUUUAUAUGUCCAUUUCCACGGGAUAAUAAGCGUUUUUAUUCUACUUCUUAUCAGAAUUCUGAAGUUUUACGUCAUAUUCGUAAACAAUAUGCUUUUCGGAAUGGAGUAACAGGUGCCUUUCUAUUUAUCUUUAUUGGAUCUGUAUAUUUUUAUUCUAUCUAUGCCGUUAAGCAGGAUGAUUUAAGUGAUGUAUUACCAUCAGAAGGGUGAGGAUGGGAUUUUAAGAUAGAGAAGAGUAGGGAUAGGAAUAGGAAUA